AUGUCCGAUCCCAAAUACGCCGGGUCGAAGUUGCUGUCGAGGGGUCCGUUGGACCCCAAAGAAGCCAAAUGGACUCGACUGGUCAUGUCGUCGUAUACGGAUCCUAAUGGUGUUGAGAGGACGUGGGAGUCUGCGGAGCGUCAGACCCGCCCCGCAAACUGCGAGAUUGACGGCGUUGGAAUCGUGACAAUCCUCAACAAGGAAACCGGGCCAGAACUGCUCCUGCAGAAGCAGUACCGUCCACCUAUCGAUAAGGUGGUCAUUGAGGUUCCUGCGGGACUGAUUGAUCCUAAUGAGACGGUGGAGGAGUGCGCUGUGCGGGAGCUUAAGGAGGAGACGGGUUACGUUGGUGUGGCGGAGCAGACUAGUAGUGUUAUGUAUAAUGACCCUGGGUUCUGCAAUACCAAUCUCAAUAUGGUGCAUGUCCGGGUGGAUAUGUCGUUGCCGGAGAACCAGAACCCGAAGCCCCAGCUCGAAGAUAACGAAUUCAUUGAGUGCUUCACUGUGCCUUUGUCUUCGUUAUUUGAGGACAUGAAGAAGCUGGAGCGGGAGGGAUAUGCCAUUGAUGCUCGGGUGGGCACAAUAGCCGAGGGUAUCGAACUUGCGAAGAGAUUCAAGCUUUGA